AUGGCGCUGCACGCGGCUAUGCUCCGGCUUAUCCAGCGCUGGAUCCCACGCGGCGUGGACUCGAUCGCUCGUCUUUUGGCGGGUCUGGCUGGCGCCGUCGAGAACGGCAUGUGCAAGCUGCUGCGGCAGCGCUCCGAAUGCAACUUCUUCUGGACGUAUUGGCACAACGUGCUGACCCUCAAGGCGCAGUGGCCUGCACCACACAACAUCGAGAGCCUCUGGUUUGGCUACCGUCUCCCGCUCGGGUUCGUGGCUGCCAUUUCCAACAUUCGCUACCCCGUGGGCGAGUACACACUCCUCCUCUCGCGGGAGGCCAGCGUCCAGUGGCGACUGGAACACCUCCCGUACGUUCCUGUCGAGGCUCUCAACAUCCAGCCUGCAUUGCGCCAAGAGCCAUACGUCGAUGUGCUGGUUGCGAUCCUCCACACGUACGGUGCGCUCGAGCCUCUCCAGUCGCUCGAGCGAUUGAGCUCGAGGACCGGCUGCGAACUCUUGCGCUGUAUGUACCGCUGCGACGUGGCGCUUUUGAGCAAGAUGCAGACGCUUUGUGAUGAAGGCGGCAUCAUCGCGAUCUCCAAGUGUGCCGACACAACUCUGUCUGUCCUCAAGGCCAAGAUGAGAUCCGCGAUGGGCCUCUCCAGCAACUUUGCGCCCCUCGUGGUUGAAACGAUCGAUGCUUUCGUCGCGGCUGCUCCCAAAAAACAAGCCGCUUUGUGGCUGGCUGUCGUGACACUUAGCAACGCCAACGAGUCGGUGCCCCUUGCCGUUGUCGAUUCAAUGGCCGAGAUGGCUAAGCUUGCCGCGAUUCGAUGGCCAAUACCUUCAAGGACGACCACUGCACGUGGUUGUGCAAGUGGCAACGCACUGCCGGGCCACAUUGAUCGAGCAAGGCGCGCGCCUGCACCCCCUCGACGCCUGUCCUCGACGACAUCGAGGUCGACCCGACGUCACGCAACGACUGCAUGGGCGUUCGAAUUUUUCAACAACGGCGCUGCACGUCGGUGCGAACGAGCGAACGAGGCUUGCAACAAGGUGCUCGCGCUGGCCAGCGCCGACGCCGAUCGACUCGAGUUGCAAGAGGCCUCCAACUGCGAUGAGUACGAGAACCGUCUUGCUCUCGAUGAGGAUGACGACGGUAUCUGCGCCAACCGCGGGCCCGACGGGUGCUGCAAGUACAAGCUCCGCAAUUGGCCCCAGCCAGGCCACACAACCGAGACCGAGUUUGACACGUACGUCGGACAGGGCGGCAGCAUGAAAUACGUCGCAGUGCUGGACGCUAUCCUCGCCGUCACAGCGAUGACCGACGCGACGUCAAUGACCGACGUGACGGCAAUGACCGAGAGCGAUGCGCGCACGUUGCGCAAGCGCCCGCGAGACGACAACGACACGUAG